AUGGUAGCCACGCGCCCACACGGUGCACCAACCGCGGUUCCGCUUCCGCCGGUUCGGUCGGAUACUUACUUCACAGAGACACAAUGGCACAUUCUAUUCGCACUACUGGAUGCAGUGCUGCCGCCCAUCGUAGAAGCAGGUACUGUGACAGAUAAACGGAAUCAGCUCAGAAUCUCGCAGGAGGAAUACCGAGGGGCAUAUGAGUUGAUCCGAACAUCGCAGGCCGAGCCGCCAGACCUAGACAAGUUCAAAGAGUACCUGGGAACGAGGCAAUCUGACAGCCCUCGCUUUGUACAGAACGUGAAGCGUACAUUUGAGACGGUUCCCAUAGCCAACAGAAAGCGGCUAGCCAGUGUGCUCGACCUUCUCGGUUCAAGACUAGGAAGCUUCUUCCUGACAGGCUACUGUACCCCAGUUCAGGAGCUCCCACUUCAUCUUAGGCACUCGGUUCUUCGGUCUUGGACCACGUCUUGGCUGAAGACAUUGCCGCAACUUGCGAGGACCAUCGUUUCGAUCGCUCAGAAAUCCUUUAGCCAGGGGGAUCCUCUGUAUCAUCAGCUUAUCGGCUUCUCGGACCACCCUGCGGACUACAAGCCCGGUCCGGAUUUUGACUUCAAAUUCUUGCAAUUUGCGGCCAGUGAGCAGCCUGCAGUAGUUGAGACAGAUGUCGUCAUUGUAGGAUCAGGUUGCGGCGGUGCUGUGUGCGCGAAGGUCCUAGCUGAGGCUGGCCACAGAGUUCUGGUGGUGGACAAGGGUUACUCCUUCCAGCCGUCCCAACUUCCCAUGAAUCAAGAGUCGGGGUCGAAAUAUCUCUUUGAAAAUGAAGGAGUCAUAAAUAGUGACGAUGGCUGCGUCAAUAUCCUUGCCGGGAGCUGCUGGGGAGGAGGCGGUACUGUCAACUGGAGUGUUUCCCUCGAGCCGCAGGAUUUCGUCAGAAAGGAGUGGGCGGACCAAGGCUUGCCGUUCUUUGCAACCGAAGAAUAUCAGGGAUGUAUCGAUCGCGUAUGCGAGGUCAUGGGUGUUAGCGACACGCACAUCCGGCAUAACCACGGCGGCCAGGUUAUCCUCGAUGGUUCCCGUAAGCUAGGCUGGAAAGCCAAAGCCUGCCCACAGAACACUGGCACCGACGACCACUACUGUGGAAGGUGUCAUCUUGGAUGCGGUUCCGCCGGCAAGAAGGGGCCAGCUGUUAGUUGGUUACCUGCUGCAUCAAAGGCAGGUGCUCAAUUUAUCGAAGGGUUCGAUGUCUCUGAGAUCAGCUUCGAUGAGACUGCGGGAAAUAAGAAGGCAGUUGGGCUCACUGGAACUUGGACUUCAAGGGAUAGUCAAGGUGGGCUUGUCCUGGAAGACCAGCGGGUCAAGAGAACUAUACAAGUGCAAGCGAAAAAGGUCAUUGUGUCUGCCGGGACUCUCCAUAGUCCUCUGCUCCUUCUAAGAAGCGGCUUAAAGAACCCACAUAUUGGACAGAACUUGCAUCUUCACCCUUGCAAUUACGUUCUAGGCCGCUUUGAAGACGACAUCCAGCCAUGGGAAGGAAGCAGUAUCACGAGCGUGUGCUCGGAGUUUGAGAAUUUGGAUGGCAACGGCCAUGGAGUGAAACUGGAAACGAUCAAUAUGCUGCCAUAUGUUACUCUGGCCAACUUUCCUUGGUAUAGCGGCUUGGAAUACAAACUCAACGCUCUGAAGUUCCGGAACAUGAACGGCUACAUUUCAAUGGCUCGAGACCGGGAUACAGGACGUGUGUGGCCGGAUACCGUCUCUGGUGCGCCCCGUGUUGACUACGUGGCAAGUGACUUCGACCGUGCACAUGUGAUGGCAGGUGUGAUAGCACUUGCCAAGCUGUGUUAUGUGCAAGGGGCUCAGGAGAUCUUUGCGUUUCUCCCGGGGACACGGCCGUUCGUAUGGAGCAAGUCCGAUAAGGCGGGCACCGCAGAUGUGGAAGAUUCGGAAUUCGUGGCUUGGCUUACCUCCCUGGAGACGGCGGGCAACAAGCCACCUGUCACCCCGUUCGGCUCAGCGCAUCAGAUGGGGACCUGCCGUAUGAGCCGCAGCGAGGAGACUGGUGUGGUCGAUCCGAGGGGCAGGGUUUGGGAGACUGAAGGACUCUACGUCGCCGACUCGAGCGUGUUCCCCAGUGCCAGCGGAGUCAACCCAAUGAUUACAACCAUGGCAUUCGCAGACUACAUCGCUAGGAAUGUUGCCAAGGACUUGCUAAAGGAAGACUAA